AUGGCGUCGCAGAUCCACUCUCGGAACGUCUCCGAGGAGAGCAACGGUUCUGCAUCUUCGUACCAGGACGUCCUAGAGCACCUGCUCCAGUACCCCGGCAACUAUGAGAUCCCUCUCCGCACCAUGUACACCAUCAACUCCGCAGGACGACCCCAACCAGCUGCAAGAUCUCGUGCACAGACGCCCACCACGUCCAAGGGAGAGGAUCGCUCUCCUAUCUCGGAGGGUGAAUACCCGAAUCAUGAAUUCACCGCCUCGCUCAUGAACCAAAUCUCCAAACUGCCCUCGCAGCCGUGCUCGCUGCCUCCAACCUUCAUCGUCUCUUUCGUCUCAAAGUGCUUCCCACCCUUCCUGGGCGAAGCUGAGUUUUCACAAUCUCUUGCAGCUCUCGACUACAUCCGCGACUUGGAGACUCGUCGGCACAAGGAGUAUGCAGCCGCGCUCCGUCGUCUGACCGUGCUGCCUAACACUGUGGGGACUGAGGCCGACGAUUUCUCGGAGCGCUUACCAGGUGUGGGAAGAUGGGUCGCCAACGCUGAGGCGAAGAACAACAAGGCGGAUAUGUACUACGCUCAACUCUGGAUCGGCCUUCGCCGAUGGAUCAUGAUUAAUGAGAUGUCCGCAGACCCAUUCAGCAAGCACAACAGUGUGGCUAUGCUAAACACCCUAUACCCGCCUCCUCAUCCUGGUCUCAACCCACAGCUAGUCAAGGGUUUGACGCCUGAGAGUUACAAGCAGCAGCGCGACGGCUUCUUCAAAUACAUAACCGCUGUCGGGAAGCGUGGUAGCUCUUCGCUCCAGAACCUACGGGAUCAGGGCAAGUUGGAUGGAGAGGAGGACGGCUACCACCAAGUUGCGAUUAGUGUGGACAAAUACCUCGGUGUUGCGAAACAGAUCAUCGACGACUGCUGCAAUGUCUUGAGCAUCGAGCAGUUGGAUCCAGUGCAAGAGGCACCCAAUCGCAAGGGAAAGAAGACGGAUUCGGGGGUGAGUUUUGGCUCAAGCAGACGUCCCAGUACCAGUGCCGGAAAGGAGACCCCACUAGCGAUAGCCUCGGCCGCAACUCCACACAAAUCUUCGCAAAAAGGUCUUACCACUCUCGAGAAGAUCUCUCGCGAGUUCAAGAGGAUACGUGUUAAGACUAGGCCUGAUGUUGAAGAGAUUGUGAAGCCCCAAAAGGUUUCACCCCUCUUCGAUAUCACGGACAACGACAACAGGAAGCCCAAACCGAAGAUCAAGAAGAUGAAAUCGAUGGGAUCUCUUCAGACCCUCAAGAAGAACAACAUGAGCGCAACCUCGCUGAUUGGAAGAAGAAAGGCCAGUGCUACCGAGGAUUUCGAUGAGGAAGAGAUGCGACGAGCUCGAAUGCACUACAACGCCAGAAGCAAGACCCUAAGGGGCUGA